AAAUCAUGAUUGGGCCUCCGGUGGGUCCAAUGUUGUAAAUGAUAACAAGGCAGGCAGGCAGGCAGGCACCACUGCGAGUGUGACCACAUCCAUCGGUCAAUUCUGUUUCUUACUAUCAUCAAUUCCUGGGUAUUCCGGUUUUAGGAUCGUGUUCAAGAGAAGAGUUUGAGAUAGUGAAUCGAUCGGCUUUGGAAUGAAUUAUAUAUUAGGGGCUUUCAAGCCGUCUUGUAACAUCUCGAUCACGCUUAAUGAUGGAAAAACUCGCAAGCAGGUUCCGUUGAAGAAGGAAAAUGGUCAAAUGUCAAUGGUUCCCCUUUUCCAGAGCCAAGAAACCAUUGCUGGAAAGAUUUCUAUAGAGCCAGUGCAAGGGAAGAAAGUUGAGCAUAAUGGUAUUAAGGUAGAGCUCCUUGGACAGAUCGAAAUAUAUUUUGACAGAGGCAACUUUUAUGACUUCACGUCUCUUGUUCGUGAACUGGAUGUUCCUGGUGAAAUAUAUGAAAGGAAAACAUUUCCUUUUGAAUUUUCUACAGUUGAAAUGCCAUAUGAGACAUACAAUGGCGUGAAUGUGCGACUUAGGUAUGUUCUGAAGGUAACAAUCAGUCGGGGCUAUGCUGGCAGCAUAACACAAUACCAAGAUUUUGUGGUUCGCAACUAUAGCCCACCUCCAUCGAUCAACAACAGCAUUAAGAUGGAAGUUGGAAUAGAAGAUUGCCUUCAUAUUGAGUUCGAGUAUAACAAAAGCAAGUAUCAUUUGAAAGAUGUAAUAAUCGGGAAGAUAUAUUUUCUUCUUGUUAGAAUCAAGUUAAAGAAUAUGGAUCUUGAGAUUAGGCGACGGGAAUCCACUGGUUCUGGGGCCAACACUCAUGUUGAAACAGAAACCCUAGCAAAAUUCGAGUUGAUGGAUGGUGCUCCUGUGAGAGGUGAAUCUAUACCGAUCAGGCUAUUCUUGAGCCCGUACGAACUGACGCCAACGCAUCACAAUAUCAACAACAAAUUUAGUGUCAAGUAUUAUUUGAACCUGGUACUUGUGGAUGAAGAAGAUCGCAGGUACUUUAAGCAGCAGGAGAUCACUAUUUAUCGAACGGCUGAAACUUCUUCCUGAGUUUAGGGUUUAGGUCCUGAAUAUGUUUCGAAUUAUAUAGGCCAGCAAAGUUAUGUAACAUAAUUGCAGGUAAAUGGGGUGUGUUUGUUUAAUGUUUUUGCUUUCAACACUUUUAUGUUAAACAUUGAUGUCUUGAAGUCAGAUCCAUCCAAGCCAAAGGAUUGUUUAUGGACUUUUUUUACUAA